UCUCAAUUGAACAGCUUCGCGUACGGUUUCGAGGAAUUCCAAAGCGCCAAAACAAAAAGUUAACAACCUACCUCCGAUAGCUCCGAACCAAAAUCAAAAAACAAAUCGAAAAAACGAUCAUCAGAGGCAAUCAACAUGAUCAGGGCGAAAGACACAACAUGGCUGCUACUCAUUUGUCUAUUAAUUGGACAAUUCUACGUACGCACCCAUGCAACGCCGAUAGAUGACUCUAAAGUUGAAUACCAGGAUGAUGACUACGCUUACAGUGAUAUUGAUGAGGAUCCCAUAGAGGACGAAACUCCUCCAGUUGUGGACUCGCCAGCAGCACUUCCUUAUUUCGAGGAAAACGACCUUCGGGUGGAAGCCAAGCCGGGCGAUGAUGUGGUGCUGAAUUGUGAUGCCCGCAACUUUAUGCUUAACAAUGCUAUCAUGUGGUACAAGAACACCACAAUGAUUGUCAAUGGUAAUACUGCGGUGGUGCCUCGCUUCGAGGCCAUGAAAAACAAUUCUAUAUUCCUGCAAAACGUAACUCCGGCGGACUCGGAUAACUAUUACUGCGUUAUCCUGCCGCAGAACGUUCGACAGCACACAACUCUGAGGGUGGGCGCCCGGCUGUCGAUCCUCUGCGACGACCGUGACAUCACGGAUCGAUCGCAGACGUUCAGGCAGGGCGACCACCACAAGCUCGAGUGUCGAACCUAUCUGCCCGGCGAGCCCACAAUCAAAUGGUCCUUUAAUGGUCUUCGCAUGGAGUCUUCCCCCAGUGAUGAAGAGAAAGGAGUCAUUGUCCUAGACAACAUCGACGAUGUUAAUGCCGGCGUAUAUCAGUGCCUGGCCGACGAUGGCAGCCACGAUCCCCCACAUGGCAUGGUUACCAUCGAUGUCCAGUACAGCCCCAAGGUGUCCACCCACCGGCAUCAUGUCAACACCGAGGAAGGCGGCACUGCGGAGGUGUACUGCAACUAUCGCGCCAAUCCAAUUGCCAGGAGCUUCUUUGUCAAGGAUGGCACAACCAUUCAGUUGUCCGAGAAAUACUCUCUAUGGGACUCUGUGCACAAUGGACACAAUCGCACAACGCUGGUGGUCCGGAAUGUGGAGGGCACCGAUCUGGGCGAGUAUCUGUGCCACGUGGAGAACGCCAUCGGCUUCAACGAAGUGAAGGUGCACGUCAGCUACAAACCGGAGACGCCCCAGUUUGAGGACAUGAAACUGGAGGGCACCAAGGUGACAAUGCACUGGCUGGUCAGGAGUCUGCAGCCAUUGUCUGAGGCCAUGCUGGACUACAAGCUAUCAGGGUCCUACACUUGGAGCACAGUCUCGGUGCUGGAAACGCAUCGUCAUAAUCAGACUGGUGGCAUCUGGAAGAUCACGCACCAGCUGGACUUGCCACGACGUGGCCUGUGGCAUGCCCGUGUCAAGACGAGGAACCCCUAUGGCUGGUCUAACUUUUCGCCGGAUCACGAUUUCACGAUCCAGGCCGAUGGCGAGGAUUCUUAUGAGCCCAGCGAUGCGGAUCUGCCACCGGAUCAGAUAGUCCAGGCCGGCAUCGGUCUGGGCGGUCGAGGAACCGCGUCAGCCCUCGCCCAAGCGCCCGUGGGUGGCGUUAUCCUAGCGGCGCUCCUGCUGCGCCAGAUCCGCCAGCUCUAAGGCCGCCUUAGCGAGGACAUGGAGGAGUGUACAUAUGUAUUUCCGGAUUACUCAGCUAUCGAUGGCAUCGGAGCGAUAGCGAAUAGCGACAGCCAACGCAAAUAGGAAACAGAAACAAAAGUAUUCUAAUUAUACAAACAAAAUGCUAAUGCGCGCCUGCUAGCCUGGGUCAAUGCUACCCAUAUAUAAUGUUAAUGCUAUAUCGUACACGCUGGAGCGAUCGCCACUAAAACAUUUGUGCCAAGCAAGGAGAAACUGAUACAGAAACAGAAUUAAAUUUAAUUUAGUUUAGCUAAAGUUAAUGUUAAAACGAAUCGACAUUGGGCCGUGGAUGUGAAAUUGUUGGAUUAGGACACAAAAACUGCGAAGAUCGGUUGAAAACCGAAGAAAAAAAAAACAAAAACAAACCUUUUGAUUAACCUUAGAUGUAAUAUUUAUUUGUUUUCGUAUGUAUGCAUGUAAAAGUUGGCACCUUUUGAGGACGAGAGAGAGGAGUGUAGAAGCAUCCUUGUUACCUGAAGAACCCGAACCGAAAACG